AGCAUACCACUGCUGCUAGAACAGAAGAAUUCGACUGAUGAAACAAGCUGCAAAGCAAAUCUAUGGAUGGUUUACCUCAGCACCAUUGUCUCAGUCUGUGGGUCGUUCGAGUUUGGAUCCUGGGCAGGCUUUUCAUCACCAACUCAGGCUGAAAUUAUGAAAGAUCUUUCUGUUACAAUAGAAGAGUAUUCAGUGUUUGGUUCUUUACUGACUUUCGGUGCUAUGAUCGGUGCAAUCACGAGUGGACCGAUGGCUGAUUCCAUUGGUCGGAAAGGGGCAAUGAGAACAGCCACUGGCUUCUCUGUUGCAGGGUGGCUUGCUAUUUACUUCGCUAAGGGGGCUUUGUCUUUGGAUAUUGGAAGACUGGCAACAGGCUAUGGCAUGGGAAUCUUCUCCUAUGUUGUACCAGUAUUUAUAGCCGAAAUCGCACCGAAGAAUCUUCGAGGAGCACUAACAGCUGUAAACCAGCUUCUGAUCUGCACCGGACUGUCGGUCUCCUUCAUAAUAGGGACAGUUAUAACUUGGAGGACAUUAGCAUUAACUGGAUUCGUUCCUUCUGCAAUUCUGCUUGUUGGACUCUUUUUCAUUCCAGAGUCUCCUAGAUGGCUGGCAAAGAUAGGACAUGAAAAAGAAUUCGAGGCUGCACUACAAAAUCUUCGUGGCAAGGACUCUGAUAUAUUGAUGGAGGCAGCUGAGAUACUGGACUAUAUAGAGACUCUUGAACGGCUUCCGAAAACGAAAAUGCUGGAUUUGUUUCAAGGAAGACACUUACGCUCAGUCAUUAUAGGAGUUGGUUUAAUGUUCUUUCAACAUUUUGGAGGAAUCAGUGGCAUCUGCUUUUAUUUCAGCAAUAUUUUCGAGUCUGCAGGAGUCUCUUCCAGUACACGGACAAUAGUUUAUGCUAUUCUUCAGCUUCCGAUUACAGCGCAUUGCACAACUAUGAUCGAUAAGGCUGGGAGAAAGCCGCAAAUACUGCUUUCUUCAACAGGAUUGGUCCUUUCCUGUAUUCUAUCAUGGAUUGCAUUCUAUCUUAAGGACCAUAAUUUGGCACCAAGUUCAGUUCCCAUUCUUUCUGUAGCAGGCAUAUUGGUAAAUCUCAAAAAUACUUCUUCGGAUUCAUAUAUAGUUCCUUGGGUUGUCAUGUCUGAGAUUUUCCCGAUAAGCAUCAAAGGAGUACCUGGAAGCCUAGCAACACUGGUGAACUGGUUUUGUGGAUGGGCAGUUACUUACUCUUUCAACUCCCUCACGGGCUGGAGCUCCUCCGGUACCUUCAUGCUUUAUGCUGCAAUAUGUGCACUUGGAAUAUUGUUUGUUGUCGCAAUGGUUCCUGAAAAUAAGGGGAAAGGCCUGAAACAAAUUCAAGCAGAAAUCAAUGCAUAGAGAAUCAAGAAAAUGGAGCACACAACUAGAACGAACAUGUACUAAUGCGAUGAUACAUUUGCCAUUUGGGAUAAACAAAGUUAUUGGAAAUGAGAUUGAGCUAUGUUUUCUUUUCCAUACUAUGAAUCUAUAAUUAUAUAUCUAUAAAACGGAUCAAAACACACU